CACUCUCGUUGGUAGAUGAGCGGUUACGCAUGUUACGAGCUACCCUCCACAAGCAACCAGUAUAGUGAUAUGCUUGGAGAAUUAUAUUCCACACACGAAAUGCCAGAAGUCCCCAAGGAAAGUUUUUUCAAAGGUCUUUUUGGUUGUGGAAUGAGAAAUCUAGAUCGUGAAGAACUAUUUGGCGAAUCUAGUGGAAAAGCAAACAAAUCAGUUGCUAAACAUAUCCCUGGUUCUAGCAGCAACAUUCAGGAGCUGAAUACAAGAACUAUAUCUGCAACAUCAGAAGUUGGUCGAGCCCACCAACUGAUGCUAGAAAGAGGGGAUAAACUAGGACAACUUGAGGAAAGAACUGAACGUAUGGCUAGUGAAGCACAACAGUUUUCUAACUCGGCACAUUUAUCAAUGAAUAAAUAUAAAGAUAAAAAAUGGUAUCAAUUGUAAUUUGUGUAGUAUAGACAUUGAUAAGUAGAAUGUAGAAUCAUCAGAAUAGAAUAUUCCUACAAAUAGAAAAAUUGUUAUCUUUUUAACUCUUUUACUUAAAAGAAUGAAAGUGGAAUGUGUAGGAAUUUCUUCCACGGCAUAAUUGAUGAAUUGUCACAAUUAUGAGAAUGUAUCGUUAUUAGGUACAGAAACGUUAUAUGUAAGAAAACGCUCGAAACAAACAACGACCACGCCGCUGCUUUAGUUGUUACGACUGCUUUAGAAUAAAAAUGUUAUAGAUGAUUGAUCCAAAUAUGUGUGCGCUGUAGUCUGUGCGACAAACAGAUGUUGUAAAUAUUGCAUUUUAAUAGUAACUAUGAAUGUAAAUAUGUUGUUAACGCUAGGUCAUUGCAUAAUAAAACUGAGCGAAAUAUUUUUAAA